UACUCGGCUCACUUUGGUGUGUUUCUUGUGAGAAUAUUUUUUUUUUUGCACGUUUUGGUUGCAACAGGUAGCGUAACCUUAACACGGACCGGGACAGCGCGCAUCUCUUGCCCCGUGAGAUCCAUUCCCUUCACCUCACAGCCGCACGAUAGCCUGGUGUGACUGUCGGGCAGACAUGCUGUAAGUGUCUCUGCAAUUGAAACUGAAGUUUUCGGUGCGCAUGAGUGGGACCAUGCAAGGACAACACAACAGAGGACGGGACAAUCUGAGGCUGCUGAUCCUAUGCCUCUCCAUUGCCAUCCUCGCCUCGGGAGUGCACGCGGGUGGGAAGAAGCACAGUGGCCCCUGUGGAGGAAGAGACUGCAGCGGAGGCUGUAAAUGUUUCCCAGAGAAGGGUGCCAGGGGUCAACCUGGGCUUCUUGGUCCUCAGGGCCCCCAGGGGCCUUCGGGGAGACCAGGUGAUCAUGGGAUCGAAGGUACAAGGGGGCAGAAAGGUGACCAUGGCCGCAGUGGCAUCAUAGGUCCUAAAGGCAAUGUGGGAAUGACCGGCGUUCCUGGGUUUUCUGGAAACGAUGGCAUUCCUGGCCACCCAGGACAAGCUGGACCCAGGGGGAAGCCAGGAGCAGACGGCUGUAACGGGACACACGGAGAUUCAGGGUCGAUGGGGCAACCCGGCUAUAAUGGCUCACCUGGUUUUCCCGGACAACCAGGUUGGAAGGGGCAGAAGGGAGACUCUCUGGAGCUGAGCGUGUACAUGCAGCGCUUUAGGGGAGAUCCAGGCACACCAGGAGUCAACGGAAUAUUUGGGCCUUCAGGAAACCCAGGAUGGCAGGGAACCAGAGGCUUACCAGGACCAAAGGGUCCCACAGGGCCUCCUGGUCCCCGUGGACCAAAGGGCGCUAUGACCAAAGUGCUGAAGGGACUCAGGGGAGACCAAGGGGACAUCGGACCACCGGGGCUUCCAGGAAACGCUACUCAUCAGCUAGUUCAGCCCCCCUACGGACCCUUGGGACCUAGUGGAGAGAAAGGUCUGAAAGGAGCAUUAGGAGAUCCGGCUGACAACAGAGGAGAAACUGGUGUGAAAGGAUUCCCUGGAUCACGGGGUUUCCCUGGUGCAGAUGGGCGUGCUGGACCUAGGGGGGAUAUAGGCGAACAAGGACCAAAAGGCAGAGAUGGUUAUAAGGGAGUCAGAGGUGACCCUGGAGAAUUGAUACCAUCCGGAUCCCUUUGGCCCUCAGCAGCUGGUCCUUCCAGUCCUGCUGGUGAGCAGGGUCCGCAGGGAGAGAGGGGCCCAGUUGGAGACCAAGGCUUCCAUGGGCCCCCGGGACGCCCCGCCUCUGAAUCACAGCAACAAGUUUGGGAUUUCAUAGGGCCAUUUGGUCUAAAGGGGGAGCCAGGAGAUAAGGGCCAACAAGGGGAACCAGGACAUCCUGCUGACAUAGCAGGAGCACCAGGCAUCAGCGGGCGCCCGGGGGACACUGGCCCUCGAGGACCCAAAGGAACAUGGGCUGAGUUCUUCAAAGGGGGUCCUGGUGGAAGAGGAAGGCCCGGCAAUGCAGGCUUUAAAGGAGGGAAAGGUGAUCACGGGCUGUGUGAAUGCACUGUGGUAAACUCUCCACCGGGGUCACUUGGCCCUGCUGGUGAUCGCGGUGAUGCUGGGAUGACUGGAGAGUUUGGUCUGGAGGGUGAUUCAGGCGGUCCAGGUCCCCAAGGAGACGACGGAUUUCCUGGAUCUCUUGGGGUCAGCGGUCUGCCGGGUCCAAAGGGUCAAAAAGGGGACUUGAUUGUGCCUACACAGAAAGGAUAUCCUGGAGAACCAGGGGAUCACGGGCCAGACGGUGAGCCGGGAGCGUUGGGUGCUCAAGGCCGAAAUGGUUUACCUGGUAUCCCUGGCACCCGAGGUUUUCCAGGAGAAGGUCCCGUAGGAGAAGUGGGAGACAAAGGUUACCCAGGUCAGCCUGGUCGACCUGGUGCACCCGGGCUUACUGGGACAGAAGGUGCAGUCCUUGGAGGGAUCAAAGGCCAACGGGGUUCACCUGGUGACGACGGCCUGGCGGGCUAUGAUGGAGUUCCAGGAACAACUGGCAGCCCAGGAGGCUGUAGUCCAACAAGAGAUGGAGAACAAGUGGAUGUAACAGGUCCUUGCGAUGCUGCUUCUGGACCCCCUGGGCUGCCUGGACCUCCAGGACCCAGUGGACUAUUAGGUUUCCCAGGUCCUCCGGGCCAAAAAGGACCACAGGGUCCAUUUGGAGCAAUCGGAGAAAAAGGAGAAACAGGAGAUCAAGGCACAGGUGGCCAUCCUGGACCACCAGGUUUUUCCGGCCCCCGUGGAGCCUUGGGGGUUCCUGGCAGCAAAGGUUCCGUAGGAAUCCCUGGUGCGCCCGGUGUAAACGGCCGGUACGGGGCGCAAGGUGAGAAGGGUGUUCAUGGAGAGAUCUUUGGAGCAUCGCCAGGACCCCAAGGUGACCCGGGGCUGGCUGGGAUCCAAGGGAAUAAAGGCCAGAUCGGUGAUCCAGGGACGUUAGGCUAUUCAGGAAGGGCCGGCAUGCCUGGUAUGAUCGGUUUUAAGGGUGAGAGUGGCCCUCUAGGCCUGCAGGGGGAGGAGGGGAGACCUGGGCCAGCAGGCAAGUACGGCUACCCCGGUGAUUCUGGACAAGAAGGUCCACCUGGGCCGCAUGGGAGUACUGGACAGCCAGGUUUCACUGGAGAGAGGGGAACUGAAGGGGACCCGGGUCCUCCAGGUCCAAUAGGAUUAAAAGGCUUCCCAGGGCAGCACGGUUAUGAUGGUGACGUUGGAGAGCCUGGCCCUUCAGGUGACUCUGGACAGACUGGUGCAGAUGGACGUCCAGGUCUUCUAGGAAUAAAGGGAAACAAAGGGUCUCCCGGCAUGUCAGGUUUUGAGGGGAUCAGGGGUAAUCAAGGGUCGAAGGGCUUCAGCGGGUUCAGUGGAGAACCUGGAGUUGUGGGUCAAUUUGGCCUAAAAGGAGUGCAUGGUCGAAGUGGAGAGAAAGGUGAUCGUGGUUUGAGAGGGCCAUCCGGGGAGAAGCCUCACAUCCCCGCCCAGAUGAUUGUUGACAUGAAGGGGGCCAAGGGCGACCAUGGACAUUAUGGAAAUCAAGGUUUUACCGGACCAAGAGGUACUAAGGGUUUACCUGGUGUGCCGGGCUACGGGGGAACUCAUGGUCUUCCUGGAGGCCCCAGUAAUAAGAAAGGCUACCCUGGAGAUCCGGGCGCGGAGGGGUUGUCGGGUAUAAAAGGAAUGCCAGGCCUAACUGGAAAUCGAGGAAUUACUGGUUUUGAGGGAAUGCAAGGCAACCAGGGAGGUAAAGGAAGUCCUGGUGCCUACGGACCAUCAGGAGAAAUAGGAAGGAGGGGAUUCAAAGGUGAGAAAGGCCCGCGCAUAGACCUUCCAGGAACCACCGGAUUGAGAGGAGAGUAUGGUCUUCCAGGAGAACCAGGCCAGAAAGGAUUAUUUGGACAAACAGGUGACAGGGGUUCACCUGGUUUUGAUGGAAUAGAAGGGAAAAGGGGAGAGCCAGGCGAUCCAGGAACAGGAGGGUACCCAGGCUCUGAUGGGCAGAAGGGAACACCUGGUAACCAAGGUCCAAAAGGCUUUACUGGAUCUCCUGGAAAAGAUGGACAUCCUGGUUUACCUGGUUUUCCAGGAAACAAAGGUUUCCCUGGCCUGAAAGGUCUUUAUGGAUUACAUGGACUGAAAGGACAAAAGGGUUCCCCAGGAACACCAGGUCUGGAUACCACUGGACGAGCAGGGGAACCAGGAGGCAAAGGAGAAAAGGGAGAGGGCGGCGACCGCAACAACCAGCCAGGUGUUCCUGGCACAGCGGGUUUGAAAGGCUUCCAGGGAUCUCUAGGUGACCAUGGUCAACCUGGACUUCCAGGAUUUCGCGGCACCAUAGGACCAAAUGGGACACCAGACAGACCAGGAUACAGAGGUGACCCUGGCUCUACAGGACCUAAAGGGUACCAAGGUUUCCCUGGAGCCAAUGGAUUUCCUGGCUUGGAUGCUCCCCCUGGUGAUAAGGGUGUACAGGGAUUUAUGGGAUUUCCGGGAGCCCCUGGUAGUAAAGGAUUCAGAGGAGAUCAAGGUUCCUUUGGAUACAGGGGGCCAAAUGGUGUUUCUGGGAAGAAAGGAAUAAAAGGAGAGCAAGGAGUAAUGGGAGUUCCUGGUGUUGUUGGUGUGAAGGGCGAAAGAGGCCCAAGUGGUCCAAAAGGAAACACUGGACUUCAAGGUUUUCAUGGGAUUCCAGGAAAACAAGGUCCUCUUCCAGUUCCCAUCAGAAUUCCAGGAGAGAGGGGCCCUGCAGGACCACAGGGGAUCCAAGGACCAAAUGGGUUCAGAGGGGAAUCAGGGCCACAGGGCCCCCCUGGUGAUGCAGGUUUCAUAGGACCGAAUGGGCAGAGGGGCAUGCCUGGGAUAAGUGGUCGACCAGGAACACCUGGAUUUCGUGGAGAGUUUGGACAAGAGGGCCACCCCGGCCUGCAGGGCAUGGAAGGUCACCGUGGCAACCCUGGUAUCCCCGGGCUGCCCGGUAUGCCGGGCCGCAGUGUCAGCGUGGGUUACUUGCUGGUGAAACACAGUCAAUCAGAACAGACACCCAUGUGUCCUGUGGGUAUGUCUAAACUGUGGGACGGCUACAGUCUGCUGUACCUCGAGGGCCAGGAAAAGGCCCACAACCAGGAUCUGGGUUUGGCUGGUUCCUGCCUCCCAAAGUUCAACAGCAUGCCCUUCCUGUACUGCAAUCCUGGAGAUAUCUGUUACUAUGCCAGCAGAAAUGAUAAAUCCUACUGGCUGUCGACGACUGCUCCUCUUCCCAUGAUGCCAGUAGAAGAGGGAGAGAUCCGACCGUAUAUCAGCCGCUGCUCAGUUUGCGAAGCUCCAUCAGUUGCCAUCGCAAUCCACAGUCAGGACAUCACCAUCCCACAGUGUCCUUCAGGCUGGCGCAGCCUGUGGAUCGGUUACUCUUUCCUCAUGCACACAGCAGCAGGAAAUGAAGGCGGAGGUCAGUCGUUGUCAUCACCCGGCUCUUGCCUGGAGGACUUCCGCACAACACCCUUCAUUGAGUGUAACGGGGCCAAAGGCACAUGCCACUACUUUGCUAACAAGCACAGUUUCUGGCUAACCUCCGUAGAUCAGUCCUUCCACACUGAGCCGGCAUCAGAGACGCUCAAAGCAGGUCAGCUCCUGUCACGCAUCAGCCGCUGCCAGGUCUGCAUGAAGAACUUGUGAGGGACUUUACAGUAACGCCGACACAAACAAGUUGUUGCAUUGACAGUGGUCUAGUGUCAUCUUGUUAUCUAUGUGCUAAACCAAACAAAUGGGGAUCUGAAAUACUGGUUUAAAUCAAUGUAAAACGUUCUCCCCGAGCAAUGACUGUGAAGCUUUGAGUGAAAUGUCCCACUGUAGAUAAAACAAGAGAAGCCCCAUGAUGAAUUCAACAGCUUUAUGGGAAAACAAAUAUUUUUGUGUUAAAUGUGGAUUGGUGCUUACUGUUUUAACUUAUUACCUCAGCUACAAUGACAUAUUGUUAACGAUCAGAGACCGUACAAUACAGCUGAACCAAAGACGCCCAUGUUUAUGCACUGCUUUAGUUUAUCUAGAUGAUUGUAUUGUUUAGUGUAUGCAGCCCACCAUAAAGCCACUAACACUGCUUCUCAGCCAGCUGAAGAAUGGGUCUUGAACAAUUGUUUGUUGAUACUAUUGACAAUAUUAUCCUGCUUUUAUUCCAUUACUCUUAAAAAAAAAUUGCUUUUAUAAUAGAACUUUUCAAGCUGUUCAUCCGUUUUAUGCAUUUAUCAACUAUUGCAAUAUCGCCUGUAACUCUUUAUUUUUCAGACACCAUUAUGUUCACAAAAUGCACUGAUUCUGUUUGUAUUUAUACCAGCUGAAUGAACUUGACCCAUGUCCACAGAAGUUUAAACAUAUGUCUUAUCUAAUACUAAUCAUGUCACACUCAUUUUCCUUUACAAAUCUACUAAUUAUUGAACUGCCAACAGGACAGAAUGUAAACAGCUCAGAUCAAAAGUCUGACUUUUGCUAAUCCAUGCUGCGGUCAAUGAUCCUGAAUAUUUUUCACAAUUUAGAAAGUAGGUCAAAUGUUCUACUUCACUUAGAUUCGCUCGUUUGGAAAUCACCGUUUGAUCAGGCCGGUAAUAUGCUUAUAAUUAACCGUAUUGUUAUCUUGGUAAUUCGCAUAACAGGAUUAAUUCAUUGGAUUGUAAAGAUUAAAUGUUGUUUGUUAUA